CACGCAUAAUACUCACACAGGACUUUUCACUAAAGAUCAGGAAAAUACUCUUUGGCAGCUUGAUGGUGGUUUAGGCGCUGCAAGAACUACUUUUGUGUCAAGAUACAGCGAUCGAGAGGAAAAGAACCCGACGAGAAUGCAUAUUUUAGAAGAGAUGCAACUCUUACAUGAGAAAAUCAGGGCAGCAAAGGUCGAUUCUGUGGUUCACAGAUUAAUGUUGCUCAUGGAGUCACUGAAGGUAUUGGAAAAGAAAGAUGUGGAUCUCCAAUCUGAUUACACUGCAAAGAAAUCAGAUUUGGACGCCAAGAUUAUUUACUUGGAGGAGAAAAUAUCCAACGGCUAUGAUAGCAAGAGUCUCCAUGAUGAUCUAGAUCAUUGUAUUAGCAUGUCAUUGGAAAAGUUGCACCUUGCGAAGAAGGAACUAGCGGCUAGACUGAGGAUGGUAUUGUCUGUAAAGCGGCAACUUGAAGAUGUGCCUUCCCAAUCGGAACUCAUUCAGUAUGAACGACGCUUUUGCGAGUUGAAUAUGAAUAUUGAGGAAAUUCAUAGACAAACACGUAAAUAUUACGCAACAUAUAACGCACUUUUGGAGAUUAAAGAGCUAAUGCUGAAGGAAACAUCGUUAUUGAGUUCGCUAGAUUCCCAGUUUCAAGAUGCUAUAAGUGAUACUGCUGGUCGCCUGAAACUUAUUGAUUCCAUGGAAGGAAUUUUGAAGGGCAUAAAACAGAAGCUAGAGAAAGUGCAGGAUGGGAUCCAGGCAGAUCAGAGAGUCUGUAAUACACUCAGGGAGAAGUAUGCGGCAGCAGCAAGUAGUCAGAGACGCGGUUCUAGUCUGUUGAAAGCUCUUCAGCUUAAAUUAAGACAUCCAAUUUCCAGGAGGAAAUCACGAGAAACCAGAGACUUAAAAGUGAACUUAUGUCCAGAACUGCUGCUCCACUAUAUGAAGCUGAGGCGAUAGGAAGUUUGUGAAGUUGUGGAACUAUGAGGGUGCAUCUUUGGUAAAGAUGAUUCACAUAACCCAUGUACCACAUGCCUGUGUACAAAACUUGUCUAUAUGCAGUGCGGGAUCGAGGCUACAUGAAUUUGGUCAUCCUGAUAAUCCUGAAUGUAGGGGCAUCGUGGAACGAGUUUCCUAGUUAGAAUAUUCAGGUAAACGAUUGCAGAUUAUAUGGAGUGACAUAUCCUUUAGUUACUUUUGAUGUUUCCUGAUGGUCUUGAAUUGUUUUUUUUAUGAUUUUCAGAGCCAAUACAAAUGUCAAUUAUCUGAG